UUUGCAUGCAUAAUUCGAAGAAAAAUUACCAUAGAUCGUGUGCGGCUCGCUUGUAACUUCCGCGUUGAAUAAUUCGAAACAUCCACUAAUACAUAGUCAACAACGGGUUAUAAAGGUCAGCCCGCGCACAUGUGUCUAAAAGUGCAGACAGAUUGUUUUCGAGCAAAGUUUUGGCACUUUGCAUUAUCACUUUGAACGAAGCACUUAAAUAAUGUGAAAUAAUCGCUGGCGAUAUAGCAAAAGGGACGCAAUCUUGCGAUUCAUAUCCAGAAGAAUGAGUGAAAAGAAGCCAAAAGUCGUUGUCUUUGAUUUAGAUUAUACACUUUGGCCUUUCUGGGUAGACACUCAUGUUACCCCACCAUUUAGAAAAGGUCAAAACAAUAAAAUAGUUGAUGCUCAUGGCCAAACAGUACGGUAUUAUCCACAUUCACCUGAAAUAUUUAAGCAAUUGAGUGAAGAAGGAUAUGAAAUUGGAAUUGCCUCCAGAACAUCAGAAAUUAGAGGAGCAAAUCAGCUGUUGGACUUGUUUGGAUGGAACAAAUACAUAAAGUACAAAGAGAUAUAUCCUGGCACUAAGACUACACAUUUUUCCAAGAUAAAAAAUGCCUCUGGUGUUGAAUACAAAGAUAUGAUAUUUUUUGAUGAUGAGCAGAGGAAUAUCAGUGAUUUAACUGAAGUAGGGGUUUUGUCAAUAUUAGUAAGGAAUGGAGUUACACAUAAAGUGAUACAAGAUGGCCUGAAUCAGUUUGCUAAGAAAAGAUAAUGUAAAUGAUGUUUAGAUGAUAAAUUCAUGUAGAUAUUUUUUCUAAUUUCGCAAAUAGAUAAUAACUUAUUUAUUAAAAAACUAUAAUUGAUUAAAAAAAAAAUGUUCAAAGAAUAAAAAUUUACAGUUAAAAAAUUGAUUGUAUAUAAAAUAUAUAAAUUAAUUAAUUAAGGUCUCUCAUUGCUAAAUAAUACUGAACAGGUUUGGUAAUAGUAAUAUCACUUACACAGGUAGCACUUUUCAGUUUGAAAAAGUUUGCACAUGUGUCUUGAGGUUUCUGUUUUGGUGCGACCGCCAUAAUUUGGUCUAGUUCACUUCCAUUUAUUGACUUUUGUAGUAAGUAUCGUAGGGAGUCUGUAUCAAAAUUACUAAAUGGACAACCCCCUUCAUAAUUUGAUCCAGGAACUUGCUCCUGUAUAGAAUAUAAGUAGGCUUUUUGAUAUUUUAUCUAAUGUUUUCAUUUCUAAAAACUAUUAAAAAGUUACUUACGCAAA